AUGAAAUAAAUUGCUUUUCGUUUGAAUCACAUUUGCCAUGCUCAAUUUGGAUUGCGUACAAGAGCUGGCUCCAUUAUCAAAACAAUCAAUCCAGAGAAAAAGACCAGGGAGCAAAUCAGAUUGGAGAUUGAAGAUCCUUUCUAAGCAGAAAGAUUACGAUAAAUCUAAUUAGAAGAGGAUGCCAAAAAUUUUAAGCAAUACAUUUACAAUUUGAAACAAAAUGAUAGCAAUCCCAAUAAUUUCAUUAAAGUCAAAGUUAAGAAUGCUGAAGUAACAAAAACUGAAACAAAAACAGAGACUGAUAAUGUCACUCCAUUUAUUGUUAAGAAAGUCCCAAAACAAGAGAAAAUUUUAAUUAGUGGAAUAAGAAGGUAUUGUUUAUGACAAUUCAUUUUAAAAUAGAAAAGUGCCUGCUUCUCUAAGAAGAUUAAUUCCUAUUUGCAGACCUUUAAUUAAUAUGCAUCUUUAUUAGGCUCAAGAGGCUAUUGCUGAUUCAGGAAGAAAAGCAGCUUAAUUCCUAGCCAAAACAUUAGUGAUGGUUAGAUCUCAUGCUGUCCAAAGAGGCUAUGAUCCAGAAAGACUCUACGUCCAUUCAAUUUAAGUUGGCAGAUAUAAGAAAUUCAGAAAGGCAAGAUUUCAUGCCAAAGCUAGAAUCAAUCCGGCUUUUAGAGAGACCAGUCAGAUCAAAGUUAUCUUAGAAGAAAGACCUACUAAAGAGGUUUAAUUUCUAUUUAUUUGUAGAUGUUCAAAGAUUUUGUCUAAGGUAAAACUCCCAGUGUCAUCUCCUAUCUUAUGAAGGAUUAAUUGGUUAGGGAAAAGGCUGAUUAUGCUAAAAUUAGAAGAUUCUAAUUGUUCCUGACUUCUAAAGGUAGACAACAAUAGAAAUUGAUGUUAAAGAGAAGGGCAUAAAAGGAAAUGAAGGAGAAGGUUAAGUAUAUUCACUAAAUUCUAGGGAUUGUCCUUCAAAUAUCUUCAUCGUCAGAUCGUGGAGUAAGAAGCUGAGUAAUUGGCUGAAAAUUAUGAUACAGGAAAGAGUGGAAUACAUAGAUUCAAUUUAGAGGCUAGACAGACUCUGUUCAAAAAGAAUGAGGAAAUCAAUAAUUGAGUUUGGAG